AUGCAAGUCCUUUUUCAAUCUCGCGGUAUGGCCCUGGAUAUUCAAUAUUUCCAUAUAAAGCUUCCAGUCCAUUCUAUUAUUUUAAAUCCUGACGACCGGUCUUACGUUGAUGUUUUCACCGAACAAGAGCUUCAAGAAAUUCAAGAUUUAAAAAGUAUUGAUUUCAAUCAAAAACUUCCAGCAAAUCUCCAUCAAUACAUUUAUUUAUUCAGCAAAAAGAAAUCCCUUUCUGACUUGUACCGUACGACAAUAGCAAAAUCAUUUGAUCCAUUAACCCAGGGUGAUUUAUACUGGGCUCGAAAGAGCUUUGAAGAAACUCUUGAUCUUUACCACUUCAGGUUUUUUGAAGAUGAUUAUGUGAAGGACGACGUGGAAUAUCGAAUUUGGCCAUUUGUUUCAAAAUGCUUCGAUCCCUCUCCUAUCCGUGCUCGUUCGGGGAAACGAAAGUCACAAGCUUCAUCCGAUCGACACAACCGGAAACGCUCUUUAUCGUCAAUUGAACCAACUGCUCGACACAUUACUGGCAUGCAGCCCGAUAUGAAGUGUCUUUAUUUGAAUUAUGAAAUUGGUUUUACUGAAGUUGGUUUAAAAGAUGAUGGAGAAAACGGCACCAAAGAGUUAUAUGAGAGUGGCAUCAAGGCGCCCAAGAUGCUAAAAGACUUUUUUGUCUCUAUCAUAAAUGAACGUCCUUCCAUUAUCCAUUCUAUUAAAACAGGAGCCUUCAUCAUUUCUGGUUUACAUAUGUCGCCGAUUAUAAUGGAUUGUCCCGCUGGCUCCAUUUGCCGUAUAACUCAAUCCGAACGAGCCUCGUUCCCCCUUGCUCCAACAGUUUGCGCCACCCAGCUUAUUCCUAUAAUUGAACUUGUGUAUCGCACACGUCUUUAUUUGAUGGAGACUGUGGAAGCUAUUGAUGGAUUGACUACAACAACAACCGAAAUUGAAGAUGAAAAUCAAAACGAAAAUGGCUAUAAUUCAUCUGCCUCCAGCCAGCCCUCAACAAAAAUACAAAGACAAUAA